AUGCAGGAGACCUCUCUCUGUUACGAGCAACUGGGAGGGGCAAACGGAAGGGACCUCAUGGUGGUGCCACUGCUGGACCAGAGGAAGAAGGAGGGCAAGAGGAAAGGUGUCAGGGAGGAGGAGAAACGGAGAGGAAGAGGAGUCAAACGUCACCGCUGUCAGCUCUGUGACAAAUGUGGAGCAGCUUUUACAUUACAGAGUGCCCUGAAAAGGCAUCAACGCAUUCACACUGGAGAGAAACUGUACAGCUGUGAACAGUGUGGGGAAACCUUUGCUCGUGGUGAUGCCCUUAAAUCUCACCAGCGCAUUCACACUGGAGAGAAACCUCACAGCUGUGAACAAUGUGGGGAAACUUUUGCUCGUGGUGAUGCCCUUAUAUCUCACCAGCGUAUUCACACUGGAGAGAAGCCGUACUGGUGUAAACAAUGUGGGGAAACAUUUUCUCAUAGUGGUAACCUUAAAUCUCACCAGCGCAUUCACACUGGAGAGAAGCCGCACUGGUGUGAAGAAUGUGGGAAAAUGUUUUCUCGGCGUGAUCACCUUAAAAAGCACCAGCUUAUUCACACUGGAGAGAAGCCGCACUGGUGUGAACAAUGUGGGAAAACGUUUUCUCGGUGUGAUCACCUUAAGAAACACCAGCGGAUUCACAACGGAGAGAAGCCGUACUGGUGUGAACAAUGUGGGGAAACGUUUUCUCAGAGUAGUAACCUUAAAAGACACCAGCGCAUUCACUCUGCCUUGUUGUGAACAUGUUUCAGAGCCAAGCUGUUUCCUCCUCCUCAUGCCCUGAUAGCUGUGUUGUUAUAUUCUGAUCUUCUCUCCACAUUGAAGGCUGACCAGCAGUAACUUUCUCUUCUGAACAACAUGCAGAGGUGGGUAGAGUA